AUGGAACAGAGGAGGAGGACGAGAACAGAGGAGGAGGACGAGAAGGAGGAGGAGGACGAGAAGGAGGAGGAGGACGAGAAGGAGGAGGAGGACGAGGACGAGGAGGAGGAGGAGGACGAGGAGGAGGAGGACGAGAAGGAGGAGGACGAGGAGGAGGAGGACGAGGAGGAGGACGAGAAGGAGGAGGACGAGGAGGAGGAGGACGAGGAGGAGGACAAGAAGGAGGAGGAGGACAAGAAGGAGGAGGAGGACAAGAAGGAGGAGGAGGCAAAAAAACAAGGUCAGUUGCACGGACGGUUUCGAACCCGCGGCCUGUUCGUCCCCGAGGACGCUAAGUAG